GUAUGAUUUCUGCGUUUGAUGCGACGCCAUUUCAGAUAUCUGUAAAGGACGCUUACCAACUUACCGUCAUAUUUAUUGCAGAUGUCAUACCGACUUCCAUUUCUCACUGCUGCAACAGUGAUUACUUGCACCGGUCUCAGACGGAGUUAAAUUACAAUUAAAUCAUAAGGGAACAUCGCCUGUUAAAGUGAUUCUCUCUGAGGAGAGAGCUGCAUCUCCAGAUCCCAGCUGUGUCUAUGAAGAGUGAUGAUUCAAUGGAUCCAUCAACUUCAGUGAUGAAACUGUAAUCUUUAACCCUAGGAGAACAUCGCCUGUUAAAAUGAGUCUCUCUGAGGAGAGAGCUGCAUCUCCAGAGCCCAGCUGUGUGUCUAUGAAAAGUGAUGAAUCAAUGGAUCCACUCCAUAACUUCAGCGAUGAAACUGUGAUCUUUAACCCCAGGAGAACAUCGCCUGUGAAAAUGAGUCUCUCUGAGGAGAGAGCUGCAUCUCCAGAGCCCAGCUGUGUGUCUAUGAAAAGUGAUGAAUCAAUGGAUCCACUCCAUAACUUCAGCGAUGAAACUGUGAUCUUUAACCCCAGCUUUGUGGAUAGAGAUGAUCAGACUGGAAUGACAAAGCAGGAUUCUCACCUACCAGUAGAUAAUGAACUACAGAGAGUCAGAGACCGACUCAAAACCAGCAUGAAAAACAAGUAUGACAGCUUAUUUGAGGGAUUCAACCCACAAGAGAAUCAAACCCUCCUAAACAGUAUUUACACACAACUUUACAUCACAGAGGGAGACAGUGAAGGGGUGAAUGAAGAACAUGAGGUUUUACACAUGGAGAAAAAUCCCAGAAAACAACACUCACAGGACACUCCAAUCUGCUGCAAUGACAUCUUUAAACCCUUACCUGAACCAGAAUGUGAAGAGAAAGACAAAAUCAAGACUGUUCUUACUAAAGGCAUUGCUGGAAUUGGUAAAACCGUCUCUGUGCAGAAGUUCAUUCUGGACUGGGCUGAGGGAGAAGCUAAUCAGGAUGUAGAUUUCAUGUUUUUGCUUGCAUUUCGAGAACUAAACUUGAUUAAAGAGAAUCAGUACAGUCUUCAUAGACUUCUGCUUGACUUUAAUCCUGAACUUGAAGAUCUGGACUCAAAGAUUUAUGAACAGUGCAAAAUUGUGUUCAUCUUUGAUGGUCUGGAUGAAAGCAGAAUCACACUGAUGUUUUCAGAUGCUCAGAAAAUUUCUGAUGUGAAUGAGUCUUCAUCUGUUGGUAUGUUGAUAUCAAACCUCAUGAAAGGAGAGCUGCUUCCCUCUGCUCUCAUUUGGAUCACCUCCAGACCUGCAGCAGCCAAUCAGAUCCCCUGUAAAUACAUCAACCGUCUGACAGAAAUUCAGGGAUUCAAUGAGCCUCAGAAGGAGGAGUAUUUCAGGAAGAGAAUCAGUGAUGAGCAUCAAGCCAACAAAAUCAUCUCGCACGUUAAAAAAGCAAGAAGCCUCCACAUCAUGUGCCACAUACCUGUGUUCUGUUGGAUCUCAGCCACUGUGCUUCAGAACAUCCUGAAACAAAAGCACAAUGUAGAAAUUCCUCAAACUUUGACUGAAAUGUAUAUCCACUUCCUGCUGAUUCAGAUAAACAUGAGGAAUCAGAAGUAUGAAGAGAGAAACACAGAGAAACUGCAGUCCAAUAGAAAAAUGAUUGUAAAACUUGCUGAACUGGCUUUAAAACAGCUGAUAAAGGGCAACGUCAUGUUUUAUGAGGAGGAUCUGAGUGAGUGUGGCAUAGACAUCACUGACGCAUCGGUUUAUUCUGGGAUUUGCACGGAGAUCUUUAAGGAGGAAUCUGUGAUUCAGCAGAGGAAGGUUUACUGCUUCAUACAUCGGAGCUUUCAGGAGUUUCUAGCUGCUUUAUGUGUGUUUUACUCGCAUCAGAUAAAGAAAAUGGAGUCACUGCAAUUUUUUCUGGAUGACACACAUGAGAGGUACACAACAUCAUUGUGUGAGCUUCUAAAAUUAACCGUUACUAAAACUCUUCAGAGUAAAAAUGGUUAUCUUGAUCUUUUUCUGCGAUUCCUGUUGGGUAUCUCACUUGAGUCCAAUCAAAGACUCUUGAAGGAUCUACUGAUACAAACAGAAAACAGCUCAGAGACCAUCAGAGAAGCCACACAAUAUAUUAAAGAAAAAAUCAAGGAAAGCUAUGGUCUCUUAGCUGACAGAUCCAUUAGUCUAUUUCUUUGUCUUCUUGAAGUAAAUGAUCAGACACUGUACAAAGAGAUUCAGGAGUUUGUGAAAUCAGGCGAACAUUCAGAGAAUAAACUCUCCCCUGGUCACUGCUCAGCAAUAGCCUACAUUCUUCAGAUGUCAGAGGAGGUGCUGGAUGAAUUUGAUCUCAUGAAAUACAACACAUCAAAUGUGGGUAGAAGGAGACUGAUACCCGCUGUAAUUAACUGCAGAAAAGCUAAUCUUGCUGGAUGUCAUCUGUCUGAUCAGCACUGUGAAGGUUUGUCUUCAGCUCUGCAAUCAUCAAACGCUCAUCUGACAGAGCUGAACCUGAAUAACAAUGGCCUACAUGAUUCAGGAGUGAAGUUGAUCUCUGAUGGACUGAAGAACACGGACUGUCCAUUAAACAUACUAAGAUUGGCAGGCUGCAGAUUGACUGGUGAGUGCUGUGAAAGUUUGUCUUCAGUUCUCCAAUCAUCAAAUUCUCAUUUAAGAGAGCUGGACCUUAGUAACAAUGACCUGCAGGAUUCGGGAGUGAGGCUGCUCUCAACUGGACUGAAGAGUUCACAUUGUCAACUAAACACUCUAAGAUUGGUGACCUGUAAUAUCACUGGACAUUGUUGUGAAAGUUUGGGUUCAGCUCUACAGUCAUCAGACUCCUCUCUGAGAGAGCUUGACUUGAGUAACAAUGACCUGCAGGAUUUUGGAGUGAGGAUGCUCUCUACAGGACUGAAAAGUUCACAUUGUCAACUGAACAUACUAAGAUUGUCUGGCUGCAUGGUGACACAGGAAGGCUGUUGUUAUCUGGCUUCAGCUCUUAGUUCAAACCCAUCACACCUGAGAGAGCUGGAUCUGAGCUAUAAUCACCCAGGAGAUUUAGGAGUCAAGCUGCUUUCUGAAAAACUGGUGAAUCCAGACUGCAAACUUAAUGUGGAUCAUGGAGGAGAGUUAAGGAUUACAGCAGGACUACACAAAUAUGCCUGUGAUCUCACACUGGAUCCAAACACAGCACACAAUUGCCUCAUUCUGUCUGAGGAGAGCAAAACGGCGACAUAUGUGGAAGAGAGUCAGUCAUAUCCUGAUCAUCCAGACAGAUUUGAUGGGUGUCCUCAGGUUCUAUGUAGAAAGAGUUUGUCUGGACGCUGUUACUGGGAGGCUGAAUGGAGUGGAACUGCUAUUAUAUCAGUGACAUACAAAGGAAUCAGAAGGAAAGGAGGAAGCUGUUCCUGUGAGUUUGGAUACAAUAAGCUAUCCUGGGGUCUGAUAUGUUUUAAUAAUAGAUUUACUGUCUGGCACAACCUUAAUUCACUUGACAUACUUGUCCCUUCACACUCCUCUAAGAGAGUAGGAGUGUAUGUGGAUAUAUCGGCUGGUACUCUGUCCUUCUACAGUGUCUCUAACACACACGCUCUCACACACUUACACACAUUUAACAAUACAUUCACUGAGUCACUUUAUGCUGGAUUUACAGUUUUUGAUUCAGUGGCUCUGUGUCAGGCUGAAAAGCCAGGGAGCAACAACAGAAACAGCGUACCUUUGGUUUGACAUUGUUAAUGAAGAUGUCAUAGGGAAUUGAGCACCUAUUUUUCUUCUUGUUAUUUUUUAUUUUAUGUAUUUAUUUAUUUUUAUUUUGUGGUCUGUAAUAUAUUUGGACAACAAUGCUUGCGUGGAAGUCAAGCAUGUGGUAUAAUGGCAUUGUCCCUCUCUUUAUGUGAUUUACUCUUUAUGUCUCUUGGAUAGUAUUCCACAUACACACUGGCUACAGGCCAGGGGCAGUCGUGACCUAAUGAUUAGAGAGUUGGACUUGUAUGCCAAAAGUUGUGGGUUCGAGUCUCAAGUCCGGCAGGGAUUGUCGGUGGGGGGGAAUGAAUAACCAGUGCUCUUUUCCACUUUCAAUACCACUACUGAGGUGAGCAAGGCACUGAACCCGUAACUGCUCCCUGGGCGCCGCAGCAAUAUGUCUGCCUACUGCUCUGGGUGUGUGUUCACGGUGUCUGUGCACUUGGAUGGGUUAAAUGCAGAGCACAAAUUGUAAGUACCAUAAACCGUGUCUCCAUUCUUAGCCACAUGUUAAUUUACAAUUAAAUACCAAGUAAAUAUCAAAUCCUUAUUGUAAUAUUAUCCUUGUAUUUUUACAAAAACAAGUUGUAAUUACUACCCAAUAUGUUUGUUAUGUCUGCUUAACUGAAUACAUGAUCUUAACUAACCACAUAAAUAUUAUUUAUUUGAUGUAUAUUUUCCAUUUUAAAAGGCCUUUCAAAAGAUGAAUUUUGAGAUUUUAAGUUUUGAACUGAUAUAUAAUUUCUUAUGAUUUCUAAAGUGUGAUAGAGAAAAAUGCAACAAAGAAAGUCUUUUGUGACAAAGGUCAGAACUCAUGUUACACUCUUGACAUAUAUUAAUGUAUUACUUUUCCUACAUAAUUUGUAACAAUAAUAUAGGUAGGUACCUUAGGUAGACCAACUCCACUUGCACUUCGCGUGAAUUGUCGAGAUGGGGUGAUCCCUUUUGGUAGCGUGAUUUAUAUAGUGUUAUUUCUAAUCACCCACACAAUAGGCACCUUUCCAUUACCCUUCAAGAUGCGCAAAUUGCAAAUUGAAAAUACGCCUAAUGGAAACACGUCAAUUUCGCAAAAACUCCCAUAUAUCGCAAAAAAGAAGUUUUUAUGCUUGCAUGAGGUGGUUUUUCAGGGAAUUCGAAAAAGUAAUUUUUCGCAAAAAUGCAAUGGAAAUGGCUUUUUCACAUUUGCAGGUCACAUGACACGUGUAAAAAGUCAUAUGAUCAUUCUUCAAUGAUUCUUCUGAUAUUAAUGCUUUGACUGUGUACGCUGCAUGCUUCUGCAUUGUGUAAUGGCUCAGACGCGUUGACCGGAGCUGAUGUUAUGUUUAUAGCAGCAGCGCCACACGUUUCUGAACGGCUCUCCGCACUGCUUCUGUAAAGGUACAUGCAUACCCCUUUUUUCCAAUCAAAUAAAGCCAAAUUUCGUCCAAAUCCCACCAAAAUCCGUUGCCAUGACUUAUCGGAGAGAGGAACAAAUUAAGUUUUAGUCACAUAACAUCGGUUAAUGGAACCAUAAUUUCGCAAUGCCUUUUUUUUUCAACAUUUCUAUAAUAUUGACAAAGUUUUGUGCAAAUCUGUAGUGGAAACAUGCCUUCUGACGGUUUGAUUGAGUACCGGCAACAUGUUAGAAGUAUAAAAUUCCAAAACUUUACCAAUGUGUUUUUUAAAAUGCCUUUUAAUUUUUUAUGUUAUAACCUUUAUUUAUUAAAUGUUACAGUCCAAGUGUAUAUAAAUGCCUCAUUCAAGUAAAUGCAUUUUGCAACAUGUGUUAAAUAUCUAUAUUUUAUCUACACCUAAAACUGCUGUUUUUUGCUGUAAUUACAUGGUUUUGUAGAUAAAUUGUUGUGUAAAUAAAUGUUACUCAU